AGCGUCACCACCCGUUGUCACACUAGAGAAACGAAACGGAUUUAGAAUUUACUAAAUGGCGUUGGUUUGUGUUGCAGUAGUUGUAUACCAAUUACGUUGUUGACAUCGGUAAAUUCCAAUUUUCUGUAGUACGUUGUGAAAUUAUUUCCGAAUUUAAAAAACACAUUUAGAACAGCACCAAAAACAAAAACUACAAUCCGAGUCAUUUUGCUAAAGACGAUAUCCUCUUCAUCAAUAUCCGAAGCCUAAGAAGCUGAAGUCGUACUUUACUUCCCAAAAGUGAGUACUACAUACAGCUCGUGCUUAGAGUUUUGACGAAAGAACGAAACACGAAGACAAAUAUCUAGGUACGCGGCUAGAUAAAAAGAACAACUUUAUUUCUGCGGCCGAACCACAAGUUUGAAAUUGAAACUCAAGCUCAACACUUGAAGGCGACCCCGAAAAAGCAAGAAGAAGGCAAUCGGAGCGAGAAGUUUUUCCUGCGGACGGCAGACCGUUGCAGAAACGAGCUGAACCAAAAAUCUUCAGGGGUAAGAAAGUACUACAACGCCAAACAGUAACAGCUGCAGCAGGUUCGUCAUGGGUGUCGGUGCCAGUAGUGGAGGAAGGGCCGCGCGGCGACAUGUUGUGGCUUUCGUUCUCUUCGAGGAAAUCCUGGAGGUUCAACAUGCCCAGGGCAAGCGCAAACGAAAGAAGAAAAAGCCAGCAACGGAUCCGUUCUCCGAAUCGGACGGUGGGGCGUCUGACCCAGGCGACCUCGACCGGCGGCGCAAGACAGUGCGAAGCAGCACGACCGGGCGAAACAACUCAAGCACCCGGAACAAGGCGAAAAACAACAAGCGAAAAGCAGCAAGUCAACAUGCCAAGAACACUUGGGACGGACUCACAAAUCACGUGGAGGAAUGGCUGGACCCUGAGUGGAAGGAUUUAUCGAUGGAACGAGAGAAGUUCUCGGGGCUGGAAACGGGCCACGGUCGAGCGAAAAGAGCGCGACACAAAAAUCGCGGGAGGAGCAACAAGAGCAGCAGCAGUGACCGGGACUCCGACUCCGGCGGGCGGAAGAGGACCCAGACCCGACCGACCAUCGCUUCGGACGAAGAGCUAG